CGACACACAUUGGGAACGCACUAGCAUCAGUACUGCUGCAGAGAGCCACUGUCUAGUUCCACGAACGUACGAUUACCUCCCCUGCGUAUGAUCCCCAAUUUCACCAAACCCUAAUAGGAAACCCUAAAAGUAGGAAUCUUUGUCCCAAAUUCCCAGCACAAAUCGAUUUCUAUUUCUGGGUUUUUCAUCAAAUUUAGAAAUUCAGGGUUUUUCAGCAAAAAAUUUGGAAACUUAGGGUUUUUCAUGUAUUAACUUUUAGGGUUUUCUUCCCCAAAACCCUAGCUUUUAUUCAAUUCCCACUAGUGCAGACCAAUCUUGAAGAAAUCAAAUUUAGGGCUUUUGAGAGCAUUUCCUAUUAUUAUGGUUUCAGGACCAUUGGUGGGUGACGAAGCGAGCAACAAGGCCUAUUCCAGAACGACCCAGAACAAGUCCAAGAAUCCCAACCAUGUCCUCCACCACUCAUCGCCGCCGCCUCAGGACCUGACGCAACUCCGCGGCGCGCUGGCAUCCAACGAUUCGACGAGCCACAAUGGCCUGCUGCCGGGCUUUGCCGAACCGGUCGACGGUCCACGUGGGUACGCCAAGUUCGGGAACAUGGUUCGGAUUCGGUUGGGUUCUCAGUCCAAGGACGAUAGGAGAGAGAUCAAGGAGAAGCUGACGGGCGAGCUCGAGCAAGUUAGGUGCUUGAUGAAGAAUCUUGAAGCUAAGGAGUUUGAGCUUGGUGAAAGGUAUGGUCAAUCACUUUUGGCUAAUCAUGCAGUAGAUAAUGUUAAACCUACAAUGAGUGUUUCGGUUGCGGAGAAUAAGAAUGGGGGUGGUCAGUUUGUGGAGAAGGAGAAUGUGAAGAAGAGGCCCAAGACAAACCAAGGUUCGGAGUUUCUGAUUGGGAAGGAAAAGUUACCUCCUUCAGAGAGUAGCAAGAAGUUGAAACCCACUCAAGGGGGGAGAGAUGGGGGUGGGGGAGAGCCCUGGUUCAGGUCAGGUAAGAAUCGGAGCAAAAUGUUUAAGAAUUGUAGUGCUUUGCUUGAAAAGUUGAUGAAGCAUAAGUUUGGCUGGGUGUUUAAUAAGCCUGUGGAUGUGAAGAUGCUUGGUCUUCAUGAUUACAAUACAAUUGUUAAGAAACCGAUGGAUUUGGGCACGGUGAGGACGAGGCUGAACGAGAAUUGGUAUAAGACGCCAGCAGAAUUUGCAGAGGAUGUGAGACUUACAUUUAACAAUGCAAUGUUGUAUAACCCGAAAGAGCAGGAUGUUCAUCUUAUGGCGGACCAAUUGUUGAAGUUGUUUGAAGUGAAAUGGACGGAUGUAGAGGCUGAGUAUAAUCUCAAUCUGAGAAAUGAAUUGGGUAAUAAUUCAAAUUUCACAACACCUGUUUCAAGAAAAGAUGAAGCUCCCGCUCCUCCCCCUCCUUUGGCAUCGAAUAUGAGGACUCUGGAUAGAGCAGAAUCUAUGACAAAGCCUGUUGACCGCAAGUUGAAACCUGUGAGUUCUGGUCAUCCCGGUAGGGUAUCAGUUCCAAAGAAACCAAAAGCCAGGGACCCCGACAAAAGGGAUAUGACUUAUGAGGAGAAGCAGAGGCUCAGUGCAGACCUCAUGACUUUGCCUUCUGAGAAACUAGAUAACGUUGUGAAGAUUAUUAGGAAAAGGAACCCAGGGCCUUUUCAGCAAGAGGAUGAGAUUGAGGUGGACAUUGGUAGUGUUGAUCCUGAAACUCUUUGGGAACUUGAUAGGUUUGUGACUAAUUACAAAAAAAGUUUGAGCAAAGUUAACAGAAACGUGGAGCUUGGUCCUCAAUCAAUAGCAGAGCCCUGUGAUACCAUCCAGGAGAUGACUGUAGCACCAGCCACUACAAUGGCGGCAAAAGAAGCCAACGCAGAAGUGGAAAACAACAGUAAUGCAUUUUCCCCAGUUCAAAGAGAAGAGCAAGGUGAUAAUGUGAGCAGAUCAAGUGGUUCUAGCAGUGAAUCUGAAUCCUCUUCAAGUGAUUCUGACAAUGAAAGUUCCUGCGGUGUUGAAUCAGAUUCAAAUCAUUGACCUAGGACUUGAAUUGAUUUACUUGAGAUCUUUUGAGAAGUUUUUGUUCGGCCCGGGAUAUAGUUGGUGUAGAUCAAAGCGUCCAAAGAGGGUCAUCAUCUUAAUUGCUGCUCCUGAUCAGAGUUCGUCAGAGGUGUAUAUUGGCGUAGGAAAGUUAAUUAAGGGGUGUGCUAUUCACACACCUCUUUUUACUUCUCACACACCCUUUAUUAAUUUUGGUCUUUUGAUCUUCUUUAAUUUAGUCGAUCCGACGGGCGCAAAUUAAGGUGUGUAUGAAGUAAAAAAAAGGUGUGUGGAUAGCACAUCCCUUAAUUAAUUAGUAGUUGUCGCAUAUGGAAGAAUAUGAAAUUAGUAGAAGGAACUAUUCUGAGGGCAGGAAAAAGUUUGUAUAAAAAAUAUUUACAAGUGCAAACAGCAAGCUACUUGCUUAUCAUUUCCUCUUAAAAAGUGAUAUGUUAGAAGUUGUUUUUA